AUGACAAAGGUGAAAUAUCGGGACUCGGGGGGAGGGGGGGACGGCAGAGCAAAAAAAAAAAAAAAGGCGGUGGAGGGACACCACCCCCCCCCGCACCAUCUCGCCUCAUCUCCACCUCUCCCCGUAGGGGAAGGUGCCCAGCUGGUGCAAUCCCACCCACUCAGACAGCAGCAUUUCAGGCAGGCGGCAGCUCUGCCCUGCAGCACAGAGCACCCCGGGAAUAGGAAGGCCAUGGAGAGAAAUGCUAUAACCUUUCCUCCAGCACUGGACCCUACACGCCACUUCCAAAUGCUGCUGCUGAAUCAGAGAAGCAGGCUGCAUGGCCAGAUCAGGAAGCUUCGCGAGAUUGCACGAAACAUCAACAAGCUGCGCAGGCGAUCCUUGAUUGCAAACAUCACUGGGAGUUCCCUGAGUGCAGUAGGAGCAAUCACAGCCAUCGUAGGGCUCUCCUUGAGCCCUGCCACUUUAGGAGCAUCUCUCCUGGCUUCUGCUGUGGGCCUGGGCGUAGCCUCUGCCGGAGGGGCUGUCAAUGUCACUUCCGAUCUCUCCUUAGUGCUCUCUAACUCCAGGGAACUGAGAAGGGUGCAGGAGAUCGCAGUGAACUGUCAGAACCAGAUGAGCGAAAUCCUGAGCUGCCUAGAAUUCCUCCACCGUGGACAGGGCCCAAUGGACCCCCUGUUGCUCCAGUCAGAGAAAAACGCUUCCAUCUCGCUGUACAAUUCCAUCUGCUUCAUGGUAUUCUAUGGUUCGCGCAACUUUCUUAUGCCAGAGUACACAAGGGAGGUCACAAAGGUGAGCCAAGCUGUGCUAAAGGCGAAAAUCCAGAAACUGGCUGAAAACCUUGAGUCCUGCAUCAGAGCAAUGGAUGAAGUCUGUGAACUCUUAGAAUCCAGAGCAGAACUUUCCUCCAACACAAGAAACCCCAGCUCAAGUGCCAGGAUCACUGUCAAACCCCAGGGAUCAUCCAGCUGA